AUGUGUUCUAACUACGGGAGCUACUACGGUGGCUGUGGCUCCGGCUACGGCUGCGGAUACGGCUCCGGCUACGGCUGCGGAUACGGCUCCGGCUACGGCUGCGGAUACGGCUCCGGCUAUGGCUGCGGAUACGGCUCCGGCUACGGCUGCGGAUACGGAUCCGGCUACGGUUGCGGAUACGGAUCCGGAUACGGCUGCAAGGGCUACCGAGGGCUGGGCUGUGGCUACGGCUACGGCUCUGGCUACGGAUGCGGCAGCUAUGGCGGACUGGGCUGUGGAUAUGGCUCUGGCUGUGGAUACGGCUACGGCUCUGGUUACGGCUGCUACAGCUACCGUCCGUCCUGCUACAGGAGAUAUUGCUCCUCUUGCUGCUAG